AUGAUUUCAAGCACGUUGGAUUAUAACCCAUUAGAGGAUAUCACAACGAUUCUUUCAGCGAAGGAUUCCCUUAACGAUAUUGAUAACCUUAUAAAAGCCUCUAGAAAUUAUAAGUUACGACUAGAAUCUGAGAUCCAAAAGGACAGAGAUCUAGAGGAAAGUUCUCAAGAAAACGUUGAAGAAACCUCGUUCGAUUUCAAUAAGAUCUUUGAGACAAUUGGAGAGACAAAAUCUUUCGCAUUCUCAACGCAGUCGACCAUAUCACAACUAACUGAGGGUAUUUCUCACCUGGAUAAUGCUAAGAGAAAUCUCACGCAAUGUGUGACCCUUUUUCAGAAUUUAAAGAUCAUGACUGAUAGCUACGUUAGAAGCAAGACACUACUGGCCAACAGUUCAUAUAAAGAAGCAUCUUCAUCUUUCAAGAUUAUGUGCUCCUUGGCUGAGAGCACAUUCAAACCGUACAAAUCUGUGGAUGAAAUAAACAAGCUCUUAACUGCGAUCUCGAGACUGCGAAUGGAUACUUUUGACAGUAUACGGCGUAGUUACGGGAAGGCCCUAGGUGGCAAAGUACCUGAGGGAGAUACUCUUGAAGAGGAGCUUCGAGUUGGAGCAAGCGAUUUGCUUGAUUCAGACACAAGCGGGAAAUCACAGACGAUUGACUGGUGUAUCAACAAAAUGUUGUACGAAAUUGGCGAAAUCUUCCGGGUUGACGAUGAAGCAGGCUCUUUAGAAAACCUAUCUAGAAGAUACAUCUUCUUCAAGAAAGUGCUGAACAAUUUUAAUUCUUCGUUUGCAAGGUUUUUCCCGCAAGAAUGGGAGAUGCCCUUGAGAUUAACAAGUUCUUUCUAUGGGCUGACGAGAAGAGAUCUGCAGAUGCUACUGAAAAAGGAAUUACAGGACAAGAACCCAUCUAUCGAUCUGUUCAUGAGUGCAUUACAAACUACUUUAGAUUUCGAAAAAUACAUCGACAUCAGAUUCUCCAAAAAAUUAGAUCAAACAAAUCUUUCUGCAUGUUUCGAGCCAUAUCUUUCCUUGUGGAUUUCCCACCAAGAAAAAAUGAUGAAUGAGAAAAUGUUGUCAUAUAUGAGUAGUAGCCCACUUGACCCUAACGGAAAUUCACUGAUCAUACAAUCAAGCGCCGAUCUUUUCAGAACCUAUCGAGCAGUUCUGAGUCAAACUUUUGAGCUCAUUGAUAACAAGACCGAUGAGAAAAUUCUGUUAGCGCUUGCGAAUUUCUUUACCAAAUGGCUUACCACUUAUUCUAACAAGGUCUUGCGGCCGCUAUUACUGCCUGAUAAUGUCGAGAUUCAAGACAAAGAAGAGACCAUCAAAUAUACGGUUGCUCUUAUUAACACAGCUGAUUAUUGCUCAACAACUAUAGAUCAAUUAGAGGAAAAAAUGAAGGAAUUUAGCACAGAGACUGACGAGAUCAGUAAAGCUUUCAGCAUUGUCAAAGAUACAUAUGGCGAGUUGUCGGCCACUGGAACAAAUCUACUUCUGAAGCGUGUACUACAGCUGGAUCUAACAUUCGUAUGGAAAGAAUUUUAUAACAUGGAUUGGGCACAUGUGGUGGUGGAAGACUACAGCCGAUACAUGAACACUCUGAAAAAUGUCCUAUGUUUCUCCCCUGCUCAAAGUUCGAGCUCAAAACCUGCAUUAGAGUUAAUAUUGACUCAGUUCAAUAGAGAGGUCUAUUGCUGGAAUUUCCUGGAUAAAGUCAUUGAGCAAAUAACACAGGACUUCCUUGGGCACAUAAUCCGGCUAUUACAACGAGCGCUUCCUUACGCGAAUUUGAGCGUGCCAAGGAAGUUUGAUCCGAAGAGAGUAAUCAGCAUAGGUGAGCAACUGCUGCUAGACCUAGAGCUACUGAAGCAAGCACUUCAUUCAUUACCGGAGUCGGUCUCUGAAAUCACCAAUACUUCCCAGAGCAGUGCGUACAAGAGAGUUCAAAAACACAUAGAUAACAAUUCAGAAAACAUUCUUGAAUUUGUGAAGUUGCUAGUGGCUCCGCUGGAUUCUGCAGAUGAUUAUUUUGUGACUUACAAGAAAUUGACUAACAACAACCGCAACCCGUCAGUGUGGGCAUUCAUUCUAAGCAUGAAGGGUGUUCCAUGGGACUUGGCGAUCUGGAAGCAGCAUUGGAAUGCUUUUGAUUUCGACUCUGACGAACAAGGUGAGAAUGACAAGACCAGAGAUACAUUUGUCUUUAAAUGGAAUUUCCAGCUACUACAGCAGUUCCAGUUCAAUAUGAUGCGUAUAUCUGAUGCUGCCUGGGCCAGGUUCAUUAGGAAUGAUCUGAAGAUGUCACCACCAUCUCGAACACCUUCAAGAACGCCUUCAAGAACACCUUCUAGACAGCAGAUUCAAACUGAUCAACCGCCUCAUCCUCAACCUAAAUCACCAGUAGCUAACGUGAAGAGCUUAGUAUCAGGCUCAAGGUUUUUUAAUCGGGGAGGGAUAUAA